AUGCCCCUCGCUAGAGCAACCUUCAACGACAUCGUCCUCGCCGAAUCCCCCACCUGGGAGACCGUGGAAGGGAACAUCUACUUCCCACCCACAGCAAUCAAAGAUAAAUCACUCUUCGUCCCGAUCGACAAGGCGACAUAUUGUCCGUGGAAAGGAGAUGCAUCGUAUUACUCUCUUGUGAUUGGACCCACGACAAUCCCCGGUGCAGCGUGGUAUUACCCCAACCCUUAUGAUGCUGCAAGCAAUAUCAAGGACCAUGUGGCGUUUUACACAACAGACAGUAUUAAAGUGACCUUGGAAUGA